UCGCCCCUGUGGGGAACACAUCUCGACUCCAACGCACAUAUUUAGGCUGUUGCCACGGGAGACAUUGCAGAACCACUUGUCAUGGGGAACAGGUUUUGGGGUCCCUGCGUUUUCAUACUCGUUUUCCACGAGGCGGCUGGCUUUAGCAUCAGGAAUGAGCUGCUGGGUAAGUGUGUGCAGGUCCUGGUCCAGGAUGGGCAUCCCGGGAGCAGGGUGGUGCUGGGGGAGUGCAUCCCUGGUUCAGCGCUGCAGGAGUGGCAGUGGCUCCCUGAGCGCCUAGCCCUGAGCAGCUGGCUCACAGGAGAGUGUCUGAGUGGCCAAGAGCAUGAUCUGAGUGUCAGACUGCACCACUGUGACCCUGGGAAUGAGGAGGGAGCUGGGGCUGCAGGUGGCGAGGUGGGCAGGGAGGGCCAGGCAUGGGCCUGCUCUAAGAAGGGCCACCUCACACUGCAAGGAAAGGGGCUUCACCUCAGCGCUCCUAACGUGUCCUCUAAGUCGUCUAAGGUCUUCCUCUCCAAAGAGCGUAGACAGGCCAGCAAGUGGAGAACGCUGGGCAACCAUACUGUCUGUGGGAAUAGAGCCAGCCAUCACCACCACCAUCGCCACAGGUCCACACAAACUGCUGCUCUGCCCUCCUCAACAAGUUCCCCUUCCAAUACAAACAGCCAACCACAGUCGAUUCCCGGGGAUGAUGUUGUUUCCCCUAACACCACUGGAAUGGACAUUGGGACAGAGCACUCUCAUCUGGUUGAAAGCACCAUGGGCCCUGAGGGCCCCUCAAUGACAUUCUUCAACGCUGAGUAUGGGUUUGGCUGGAAAGUGACCAUGCUGGUGCUGAGCUCCCUGGCUCUGGUGCUGGGGACUGUCAUGCUCUUACUCAACAUCCACCACAACAGGAAGAAGAAAGUAGUGUGUGUGCUGAAGUCGUACACUCCUACGGGGCUUGUGAGUCAGCCGGGGUCCCCUGUACUCAGCGAGAGAGCCCCCCUCACUCAGCACCCCAUGCGGCCGGCCUACUCUCCCUCGCUACAGCGGGGAGAGAUCUUGAUCAAGUGGAAGGACGGUACCGUCACCCCGCUGUUCGACAACAACAGUUACCUGACUGACUGAAGGGUGUGUGUGUGUGUGUGUGUGUGUGUGUGUGUGUGUGUGUGUAUGUCUUUGUACUUGUAGAGAGAAAGAGAAGCAAAGGGAAUCUGAAAAUCUAUUUAAGAAUCUGAGAGGUGCACAGUGAACACACACAUUUCAAUGCAUUUCAAUAUAACAUUUUACAAGUGUGCUGAUGUGAGUCAGCAUAACGGUUAUGUUACACUUUUAACACAGGAACGUUCGGAAAAAUAUGCACAUCCAUCUUAUCAGGUGCAGAGCAAAAGAAACUAUCAAAGAAAAAAUGUAUGUCUGCAACUCUGGUAUGCUCCCAUGGUGAUUUAAUCAGACAACGGUUAGAUCCGAGUUGGAUCUUUGUCAGGUCACAUUUUCAACACACACAUUUCAUGGAAUGUCUGGAAAUCCCUCACUUCCCUUAGAAGUAUCUGGCCUAACUGAGAUGAAAGGUAGCAAUGAAGUCCUGCCAGUAGAUAUAGCUGGACCUGGUUGAAGGACCGUUAUGGAAUAUUCCAAACCCCUGAUGAACUAGACAAACCGGCUUUCCCUCUAACUAAGUACUCGUCAAAAGUUUGGACACACCUACUCAUUCAAGGGUUUGUCUUUAUUUAUUUUUUUACAAUUUUCUACAUUGUAAAAUAAUAGUGAAGACAUCAAAACUAUGAAAUAACACAUGGAAUCAUGUAGUAACGAAAAAAGUGUUAAACAAAUUAAAAUACAUUUUAUAUUUGAGAUUCUUCAAAGUAGCCACCCUUUGCGUUGACAGCUUUGCAGAUUCUUGA